GACGUUUUAACUCUUGAGGUGUGAGCCGAAAAAUAUUCCAGUGCGACAUUUAACAAAGACGGCGGGAUGAAAUAAAAUUCCACUUUUAUUUCACAUCAAAUAAAUUUACCAAGCCUCUUGACGAUUUUAAAAGCAAAACUAAGUAUGAAAUAUUUCCCAUAUUGACAUAAAAGCAAUACCAAAUCAUUUUAAAGCCAAUAGAUUCGCAUUUUGCAUUAGGCGGCUCGUACUACAAUUCCCGUAUGAGGUACGGUUCGUGGUGAGAAAGUGACAAUUUCUAGUGGUCAACCGGGUUGGAGAAAUCUGCAGAGAAAAUUCGCAGGAAGUUUUCUGAACGUCAAAUCACUAACACUGUGCGUCGCCAUUGUCACUAGAAUUUUCCGUGUAUGUGCAAAAAAAAUUCAAUCGCGAGCUCUUCCUCAGCCUUUUUCGCAUCAAUUGUUGGCUCUGGGAGCAUCCUUUGGCCCGUGGUGUGGUGAUAUUGAUGUAGAGAAUCAAGUGGCGUCGGUGGCAAGUGGACAAUGAAUAGUAAAUCCGAUGUAAAUAGGCGUGUUUUAGUGAUACAGGCAAAGAAGAAACGUCAUAAGCCAAAUAAGAAGAAAGCCAAGGGCCAGGUGGACGAAUGGGGCGGUGAGGGGAACACAGGAACAUCUCAGGGAGCAGACAGGGCGUCCCCCGUGGAGACUGACCCAUCCGCAACAGCCAUCACCACUCCGGCCAGCACUGUGUCCACCAGCAACACAUUCAACCACCAUGCGGAGCCCUCGCACAGCUCCUCGAACGAGACCAUCGAGGACUUCGACAAGAUGUACACGAGCGAAGAGGAGGAACAGGAGAGUCGGGAGGAUUACUGCAAGGGUGGUUACCACCCCGUGAAGAUUGGUGACCUGUUUCAGGAGCGCUACCAUGUCACUCGUAAGCUCGGCUGGGGUCAUUUUUCCACAGUUUGGCUUUGCUGGGAUCUCAAAGAUAAGCGCUAUGUGGCUCUGAAAAUUGUCAAGUCAGCACCGCACUUCACGGAGACGGCCAAGGAUGAGAUAAAGAUCCUGAAAGCCGUUCGGGAUUCCGAUCCGGCUGAUCCAAAUCGCAACAAGACCGUACAGUUGCUCAAUGACUUCAAAAUCAGCGGUGUCAAUGGCACUCACAUUUGCAUGGUGUUUGAGGUAUUGGGCCAUAAUCUCCUCAAGCUCAUCCUAAAGUCCAACUAUCGCGGUAUCCCGCUGCCCAAUGUCAAGGCCAUCAUUCGGCAGGUGCUACAGGGUCUGGACUAUCUCCAUCGCAAGUGCAAGAUUAUCCAUACGGAUAUUAAGCCGGAAAAUGUACUUAUUUGUGUUGAUGAUGGGUACAUUAGGAAAUUGGCCAGUGAGGCCACAGAGUUGCAUGCCAUGGGCUUAAAAUUGCCCUAUUCGCUCAUCUCGACGGCACCACAGCAGUACCAAGAGCCACCAAUUACUGGGAAAUUGAGUAAGAAUAAGAAGAAGAAACUGAAGAAGAAGGCCAAGCGACAGAGUGAAUUGAUCCGGAAACAGAUGGAGCAGUUGCAUGAGAUGGAGGCCAUCAGUGAAGAGAGUAAGUCAGCUAAUGAUGCGGCCAAGGAUGAGGAGGAACAGGAACAGGAGAAGGUUCAGGAUAAAAUUAAAGAUGAAUCUCCGCCAAUACUCUCAACAGACGAUUCUGCGUCUCUCGUUAAUGGUCGUGGAUCAACAGACGAAGCUCCACCCAAUGAAGAGAGAGUCGAUGAGAAGCAGCAGACGGGAGUGGUGGAAAAGACAGCUGAGUAUCUGGAGGUUGGUAGUGUUGGCGGUGGCGGAGGUAGUGGUGAGAAUGACAGUGAGGGAAAUGACGAGACACAGGUGGCCAAAGGGGCUGAGAAUCAGUUGCAGUAUCAGUUGGAUCCGGCAUUCGAUGUGUGUGAUAUUGAAGUGAAGAUUGCAGAUUUGGGAAAUGCUUGCUAUGUCGAUAAGCAUUUUACGGAGGACAUCCAGACACGACAGUAUAGAUCAAUUGAGGUUAUACUGGGAUGUGGAUAUGAUACAUCAGCGGAUAUUUGGAGUACUGCAUGUAUGGCAUUUGAAUUGGCCACUGGUGAUUAUCUAUUUGAGCCACAUUCGGGGCAAAAUUACUGUCGCGAUGAGGAUCACAUUGCGCAUAUGAUUGAGUUAUUGGGACCAAUUCCGCACAAAUUGGUCUUUGGGGGAUCAAUGUCUCAAGUGAUUUUCAACAAAAAAGGUGAAUUGAAGCAUAUAACAGGACUUAAGCCAUGGGGCCUUGUGGCUGUUCUGACGGAAAAGUACGAAUUCAACUAUGAGGAUGCAUACAAAUUUGCCGAUUUUCUGCUGCCGAUGCUGGAAUACGAUCGAGAUAAGCGUGCAUCAGCUCAACAGUGUCUCCAGCAUCCAUGGCUUUUGUCACCGUGAAGGUAUAUCCUUUUUAUAAUGACACAGACAACUAGAGAAAUGAUGAUUAGAUGACUUUUUACAUCGUUCAUUCUCCUCCUUCCCCUGCGAUAAUUUUAUUUGAAAACAAAAAAAAAAGGAAAAAAAAUUAUAAUGGGAGUUUGUGAGAAUACUUUGACAAACAAGUUUCUUGAUGAUAAUAUUUUGAAACGGAAAAUUUAUACGUGAAAAAAACAAAAUCUAGUGAGAUGAAAGACAUUUGAGUGGUAAAAAAUUAGUGUUUAAAAAAAAAGAAUGGAUUUUAAAAUUGAAAGAUCAAGGGAUUUUUUUAUUACUUUCUCAUCAUUUUCCUAAAAAAAAGAAGAAAUAAUGAGAAAAAUUGCAACCAACAAAAAUUAUUUAAUUUUUAUCAUUUCUUCUCAAAAAUCAUUUUAGUUGACAAAAAUACAUUUUAAUGUUGGUUGUAAAUUUUUUUUCAAAUAAAAACAAAAGGAAAUCCAUUAUCUCCUUUCUAGUUAUUCUUAUUGAAAUCUCAAGAGAGUUCAAUAAUUGUCUCUUAUUUUCCCCGCCCAAAAGGAGUCAAUCAAAAUCCCAGUUAAAAAAAAACUUGAGUGGCAGAAAAUUAUUAUGGACAUUAUAAAGAAUUUUUUUCUUUUAAAGAUUUAUAUUUUAAUUCACUUUCAAACUCCCCAAGAGAUGUGAAGUUAAAGAAAAAAAAAUAAGAGAAGAAUGAAAAAGAAAACUUAAAUCAAGAAAAUGCGCUUAAAAAGGAGCUGCUCAUGCAUCAAAUUUGCAAAAUAGUGAGAAAUAUUUUACAGAGAAGAGAGAUAAAGGGAGAAAUUAUUGUUGUAAAUAUGACACUUCACAUUUGUAUGCGUAAUUUCAUAUUUAAAGAAGAAAAAAAAGAAAGAAAAAAAAAAUGAAAAAAAGAUGUUAGGGUUAACAGGAGACACCCAAAAAUGCUUCGUGAAGAUAUUGAGAUAAAAAUCCGUAAGUGCGCACUGAUAAUAAAAAAAAAAUCCUCCCGGACCCUCAGCAUUAGAUGAAAUUAUUGUGAAAGCAACAAUAAGAUGAAUUUUCUCAAUAAAUGUGACGUUCAUUCAGUUUA